GUGCCUUGAAAUAGUACAAGGUAGUUCCAAUGUACGUAGUGGGGGAAGGAAAGGCUGGUAAACACCGGUGACUGAACCCCUCUGCUGACUUCUAUUUAAAUUAUGUGAAUGCCCCUCGUCAACUCCAUGUUUUUGUUUGCAGAAAGUCAGUCCUCCCUCAUAACACUAACACACACUACACACACUCUCUCCUCUCCGCCUACCACUUUCCUACUACUCCUCUAAACACCUCUCUAUCCUCGCGCAUCUUGCUCUCAACCUUUUCGUCCUUCUCCCUCGAAACCUCAUAGGAGACUUUUGCCUACUUCUAGACAAACACCCCACAGCCCAUCAUGCCUCAGAUCACCGAAAUCUUCUUCGAUUGCGACAACACGCUCGUCCUGUCGGAGGAGCUGGCCUUCGAAGCCUGUGCCGACCUGGCGAAUGAGAUCCUGGAGAAGCACAACAUCUCGGACCGGUACACCGGGGAGCAGCUGAUCCAGGACUUCGUGGGGCAGAACUUCCGCGGCAUGAUGGUCUCCCUGCAGGCCAAGUACAAGUUCGAGAUGAGCAAGGAGGAGCUGGAGAGCUACGUGAAGGAGGAGGAGGACCGGGUGAUCGCCAAGCUGGAGGCCAAGGCGCAGCCGUGCGUGGGGGUGAUGCCCGAGCUGGAGAAGCUGUACGAGUCCAAGAAGUACGGGCUGGCCGUGGUGUCGUCGUCGGCACUGCGCCGCGUCAAGGCCUCCAUCAAGAAGGUCGGCCAGGACAAGUUCUUCGACGAGGACGCCGUCUACAGCGCCGCCACCUCGCUCCCCACCCCGACCUCCAAGCCCGACCCCGCCAUCUACCUGCACGCCCUCAAGGAGCGCAACAAGAAACCCGAGGAGGUCGUCGCCAUCGAGGACAGCAAGUCUGGCUCCCUGAGUGCCAUCCGCGCCGGCAUCCCUGUCAUCGGCUACGUCGGCAGCUACAAUGGCGAUGCCAAGCAGUUGGAGAUGACCAAGGUGCUCACUGACCUCGGCGUCAAGGUGAUCAUGAAGGAUUGGAGCGAGUUCCAGGACUGUUUGGCUCAGAUCGAGAAGGCCUAGACGAAUCAAGCGUCUUCACGAUCCACUAAGUCCCCACCGGUUAUGUUACUGGGUCUCGACAUGAUGUUAUGAUAGCGAAAGCAUUGUACUUUCAUAUUCCCCAUUUUACGAAUCUAAUCAUGCUUUCUUCGAUUCUCCGCCGAUGUCAAGCUCGUUUGUAGGAGACGCAGUUUCCUGUUCUGUUCGUGGAAGAUGACUGUCAGUUCUCACAUUCCACCUUCUUUCUUCUAGAACAUAUGCGAUGCUAGUAGUCAGAAUCAGUACAGUGGUUCAAUAGGUAGACCUGAGCACUCCGC